AUGCCUGGCCUCAUAGGACGACUGCCGACUAGGCUGCCACCAACCUUUAAAUCUCUUUUCCAAAAUGUCGCUAACCCUCCUGAAAAGAUAGAGAGUGUUUGCGGCUGGAUUAAAUCCGUACGGCUGAUGAAAAAGAUGGCUUUCGUGGAUCUACAAGACGGAACAACUCCUUAUCCCUUAAAAGUGAUUAUUCGCCGAGACGGAAACGAUUUGGAUAGCCAGCUUUUGAAGCAAUUGCGCACUGGGCAGUCAUUGCGUGUAAAAGAUGCACUUUGGAAACCAACACCAACGAGACAGCAGCCGUUUGAGCUGGAAGCGUCUGUCAGUUCGUUCCAGAUCAUUGGUCAAGUUUGCGAUACUUACCCAUUACAAAAAAAAUAUCAUUCUCUGGCCUAUUUGAGGUCGAACCCCGUUUUAAAACAUCGAUCCAAUUAUCUUGGCGCUUUGAUGCGAUUUCGUUCACAAGUCGAGACAUCACUUAUCCGAUUUUUUAAUGAACAUGAUUUCACUAAAGUUUCGCCUCCAGUGCUCACCUCUGGAGAUUGCGAAGGUGCAGGGGAACUUUUCCGUGUUGAAUCGAACUCACGACUGACUGACAAGUCCUCUUAUUUUGGCGCACCCACAUAUCUCACAGUUUCAACCCAAUUGCAUUUGGAGGUACUUGCUAUGGCGCUCAACCGGUGCUGGACACUUACUCCCUGUUUUCGCGCAGAGGAAAGCGACACCAACAGACACCUUGCAGAGUUCUGGAUGCUUGAGGCUGAAAUGUGUUUUGUAGACAACGUUCAAGAUUUAACUAUGUUCGCAGAAUCAAUGUUCAAAUUUGUUGUGCAACAGUGCUUGUUGAAUCAAGCAAUACUACUACCCUCAGUCAUACCACCGGAGAAUGCCGAUGAUUCCGAAACUAUUAUAGCCCGUUGGAAGUCUUUAUUGGCGUCUGAAUGGCCUAGAUUAACUUAUUCAGCCGCUAUCGAACUUUUACUGAAACAACACGCCAUUGAAGAAUUUAAAUUCAUCCCAGAAUGGGGAAAAGACCUAAAAAGUGAGCAUGAAAAGUGGCUUGCUUCGCAUCUCCAAUCUCCAGUCUUUGUAACUGACUAUCCGCGCGAUUGCAAAGCUUUCUACAUGAAGCAAAACACCGACAAUACUGUUGCUUGCUUUGAUCUGAUUGUGCCUCAAAUGGGCGAGGUCAUUGGUGGAAGCAUCAGAGAGGAUGAAUACGAUACGCUUAUGCAAGAACUGUCUCGCAGAGGCAUGAAACACAAUGACUUAGAAUGGUAUACGUCCCUGCGACAAAAUGGAAGUGUGCCUCACGGGGGUUUCGGCUUGGGUCUCGAGAGAUUUGUAUCGUGGCUAUUUGGUGCUCACAACAUUAGAGACGCCAUACCAUUCCACAGGAGUGCUGGUGGCUCCAUAGAUAUGUAA